UGGUUAACCAAAAUAACUCAUUUUGAACAAAUUAUUCCAUAAACAAACGCCCCCUUAAUUUUAGAAUUUUUUUUUCACAAACUUUCUCUAGCAACGAGUAAAAGUCGAUCUCACAAGGAGUAGUUGUGACGAUUUCAUGUUAAAUGAACUAAUCUAAGAAAGCGAAAAAAAGUGAAGGGUUGUUUUUUAAGAAUAAAAAUAAAAAUUUUAAAAGAAAAUAAAAUUAAAUAAAAUGAGAUAAAUCCAAUUCUUAUAAGAAUAUAUACAAUUUAUAAGUAUGGACUCUGCCCAGAACUACAUUAUGCCACUUUUAAGAUCUAAUUCAUCUCAUACGAUUGUCAGUCUUAUUCUUUUCUCUUCGACCCCUAAUAUCUGCCCCUACGCCACCUACACCCGCCUCCGGUGGCCGCAAUUUUCUCCUUUUUUUGUUCGAUUCUCAACUUUCUUCUGCUGCCCGUGGAAAUACGCCUCAGCUUUUCGGACAAGCUUUGGAUCAUCGCAGAUGAUACUUAGUAAUACCUUAGUCUGCAAAACCCAUUAUGAGAUAAUCGGAGUCGAGGAAGAUGCCAGCCAAGAAGAAAUCCGCAAGAUUUACCGAACCGCCCUUCUCAACUAUCACCCAGAUAAACUGCAGAAAUCUUCCGAACCACUUUGUCCUGAACACGAGAGGAAUAAUUACUUCUUAGAGGUGCAGAAGGCCUGGGAAGUCCUUAACAACCCUGAAUCCAGAGCCCUUUACGACAAUGAACUGAGAAAAUCAAGACUCAAUUUCGUGAAUGCCGAUGAUGUCAGCUUGAAUGACAUGGUUGUCGAAGAUUUUGGCGGUUGUUUUGAACUGUUGUAUAAUUGCAGGUGUGGGGAUUUCUUCUCGAUCGAUUCAUCAGAGCUGGAGGAAAUGGGGUAUACUUUUACGAACAAUGGUGGUGGUGAAGUUUCUCUAUUACGGGCAAACUCAUCUUUACCGGCGUUCGUUAUUCUUCCUUGUGGGUCAUGCUCGCUUAAAAUUCGUUUAAUUAUCGAUGAUGAUGUUAAACUCAUGACCAAGUUGAACUAGUGAUUUUUUUUUUUUUCGCAUUUGUUUUACCAU